UAGGCGACGGCCACUAACAAUAUUCUAUUGUGGUUUCUUUUGCCAAAAUAAAUAGAAUUUCCCGUAGAUAUUAGUGUAUUUAAGAAAUUUUUUUUUUUCCAUUUGUUCGAGAAAAUAACAAAAAAAAACUUGAUUGAAUACAUAGUGGAAGUAUUGAGUACGCGCAAAUCGUAACGAUGGCUUCGGUGCAAGAGCGCUUGCAAAUGAAACGGGUACCAGCCGAAGAUUGGUCGAUAAGUGAGCAAUUGUAUUUGGCAUCGGCAGUAGCAUGUAGCGGAGAUCAAAAUUGGAUGUCGGUUAGCCGGUCAUUAAAAUUAUUUUGUGGUAAUAACAGACCGACCGAUUGGUUUUCGCAAAAAUCAUGUGCCGCCCAAUACGAAAUGCUACUCAAUAAAGUUGAACCAACGAAACGUAAAAAACGAAAUGAAAAAGAAACCGGUCCCACCGUUGUUGAAACGCCAAUUGAACUAAUUGUUCGCAAAUUGACGCAACAACGUAUCGCCGAAUUAAAUAAAUUGAUUCAAGAGGAGCGUGAAGAAUACCAAACUUUACGAAGAGAAAUUGCUGGCAUAACAAACAAUACAUAUGAUGAUAAUGAAUUGCGUGAAAUGCUACAAAAAAUCGAAGCCGAAGAAAAGCAACGCGAACGAGAAAAGCAAAAAUAUCAUCAAUGGUUAAAGGAACGUGAAAUGGAGCGACAUUAUCGAUCAAAUGCCCAUCAGAGUCCGAUUCAUUCGCCAUCUUUAACACAUUUAAAUCAAAAAAUCAAAACCGAAGAAAUGGAAGUAGACGAUCCAAAUGCAAAACAAGGAACAUCACCGUUGUUGACGUCAUUGCUGAAAUCACCAUCGGCCGCACCAAAUCCAUCAUCAUCAAUGUUACAUAAUUUACCAAAUCAACAAACCCGUGUGUCGGCACCGACAAUAACAAAUCUUUUAACCGGAUCGGUAAACAAUUUAUCAAGUUCGUUUUCAGCCGCUCAACAGCACCAGCACCAACAACAACAACAGUUGCAGCAACAACAGGCGAGCACUAAAACAAUAUCAUCGUCAACAACUGCAAUAACAACACCGUAUCCAAUCACAAUGCAUAAUCAACCAUUGACUGGGCCACCAUCAAAUGAUCAUGCAAUAGGAAACAUUACACAGAGUCCAUCACAAGCGGCUCCAACAUUAUCAAUGCUAUUAGAAAAUAAGCAAAAAGACGGUAUGAUGAAAAUACCACCGUUGGCAAAAAUUGAGGCGCAUAGUGCGACCGCUUCGAUUGAUCGAGCCGCAGGCAGUGCUGGUGAUAUUGGCGAGGUGCAAACAAAAAAUGAACCAGCCGAUGUGGAUUUCAACAGUGCUGAAUCGCCCAUAAAAGAUGAUGAACAACAAUUAAUGGAUGUUUUUAAUGGCCUCAUACCCGAUGACAUGGGCGAAUUGGACGACAUCAUAUUAGACGAUCUAAUCAAUGAUGUUCAAGUUGUGGGCGAUACAAAUACAACGGAAAAUUUGGAAAAUCAAGUUAAUUUGGACUUGAAGAACUUUCAAAGCCAACCAACACAACAGCACACCAUCGAAACGACGACCGUAGUCAAAGAGGAACCGACCAGCAACGUAAGUGAAACUGCGUGUGAUUCAACGGUAACUAGUACGAAAAUUGAAGAUCCAUUCGAUGAAUUAAAAAAGGCGAAAAACAAUACCGUUGAAAAUGUCGAAAAAUCAUCAACUGAUAUAACAAGAGAUGAUGAUGACUCCGAUCUAUCGAAUGACACACCAUUGUCCGAACUCAUGAAACAAGAAACAUCAGCCAAGCAACAACGUUCCCAAUUGACGAUAUCAAAAGAGAUUUCAUCGACCACCGAACAGCCCGAUGAAAAUCAAUCGGAUGCCGAACAGCAAAUCGAACAACAAACCGUACCAGAUGACAGCGAACAAGUAACAUCGAAUGAAGAAAAGUUUGAUGUGCCGACAAUCGAUUUGAUUGACAAUCAAAAGUCACCCGAACCACAAGAUGACUUUUUAGGAUCAAUACAAUCGCAACAAUCAAACGAUUUUGAAAUGAAAUCUGAUAUGGAUGAUAAGACGGCAAAAAUUGAAAUUGCAAUGCCAAUCGAUUCAUUCGAAUCGGAUAGCAACGAAGAAAAAUCAAUGGAAAAUAUAAAGCGAAAAAUCGAAGAAUUGUCUGAACUAAAAGAUAACAAUAGCAGUGAAAGUUCACAAGAUGAAAAACUUGAUGCCGACGAAACUGAAUUGCAUGGAGAGAAAACCGAAACGGAAAAUGUGGAACAACCGAAAAUCGAGACCAUCGAUGAUGAUAAUGUGGUUGAAUCCAUUUCGGAAAACACUGACAAUACCGGAAAUGUUGACAAUCAGAUUGAUGAAUCGUUGAAUGAGGUAAAAACAAACGCUGAAAAUGAUGAAAAUGUCGAAACUAUUUCGAAUGAAGAUGAAAUCACUGAUUUAACGCUGAACAAAGAUGAUACAUUUGAACAAAACGAACCCGAAGAGUUGGCAUGUGAUACGGAUGCAGAUCGAAAUGAAUCAACGGAAAGUGAAAAAGUUGAAUGCAUCGAAGCUGAAUCAAGUCAAAUCGAAUGUAUUGAUUCGCCUGAACAAGAACCAAAAGUGGACGAACAAACGGUCGAUAGUACCGUUGCGGAAAAUAUUGUUGAAAUUUUGGACGAUGAUAUGCCGGAUGUAGAUGAUUGUAUGCAAGAUGAUUCGCAUCUAAAAGAUGAUGACGAUGACGAUAAAAUCGAUAGCGAUAUUAUGCAGGCUGAAGCUGAUGAUCUGAUCGAAAUCAAAAGUGAUGAUGAGAAAAUGGAUGAAAAUCUGUCGGAAGAAAAGAAUGACAAAUCAGACGAAUCGAUUGCCAUUGAUGCGAGCGAAAGUAGUACGGUUGGUGAAAGCAAGGAAAAACCAUCGGAAACACCAACAAAAGUUGAACGUAAAGUGUCAACCGACGAUGAAUUGUUCGAAGAUGCCAAGGAAACAUUGGAAAUUGAAGUAAAACCACCGAAACCCAUUACACCGGCCAUCGAUACCGAUGAUGAUUCGCCGAUCGAAGUGGUGAAAGAAGAAAAAAUUGGUGUAAAACGUGAUUAUUCACGACGCAAAAAAGAUCAAAGUCAAAGCGAAAAACGCAACGAAGACACAACACCAAAUGAACCAGAUUCGGGUGGCUCAAUCAGUUCUCGUUUACGAUUAAAAGAUCGUGAUCGUUCCGAAAGUCCAUACAUUGAUGAAGAGAGCGGUGAACCAUCGGCGAAAAAUAAGCGACGCUACUCUUCGACGCCGGUCAUCGAUUCGUUGCCAAAUUCACCGGCAUCCAGUGACGAUCGUGAAUAUCGCAGUUGGAAAAAAUCAAUUCUAUUGUUGUACAAUAGUUUGGCAUCGCAUCGAUGUGCGUCCACAUUUGCCAAACCAAUAACCGAAGAUCAAGCACCCAAUUAUAAAACGAUCAUUUUAAAUCCAAUGGAUUUGCAAUCGUUAAAACGUAACAUCGAUUCGGGCCAAAUUCGUUCAACAAUUGAAUUUCAACGAUAUGUCAUGUUGAUGUGUUACAACGCUAUUUUUUAUAAUGUUAACGAUGACAUUACAUGUUCACGAGCCAAAGAAAUGCUUACCGAUGCACUUCAAUUGAUUGCCGAAUUUUCCGUUACAUGGAAAAAAGAUAGCGAAAAACCGACAGCGGCUAGCAGUAGCAGCGGCAGCGUCACGAAAUCGGUACGAGGUCGAAAGAGCAAUCGGCUUAAUAUUUAAAAUUUCAAUAAAUGCAGAUAAAACACAAGAAAAUAUGCGAGACCAUCAUCAUUUGAAAUAAAAAAAAAAACAUUUAAUUUUAAUUUAAACUAAAAUUCAUGAUGUUUUGCUUGAACUCAAUUACAAAAUUCGAUCAUAGGAUAUGGAUAUGAUUUCUAAGUUUUAAGAUCUAUGGCAUUUAAGUAUAGUCAAACACACAAAUAAAAACAAAAUAAGGUUAAAAUAAUAA